AUGCCCAGACCAAACCGCAUCCCAGUCGCCCGGGGUCCUUCGAGGUAUCCUCCCUCACCGAUCACGCCGGCAAAUUUCCUCGCCCUAGCACCUCAUCCCAACACCCCUGCCCCGCCGGCACCACGGCGCCCCACCCUCGGCCCACCACCGGCGGGAUGGACGCGCACCUUGCACGCCGUGCCCGCCGCAUACCCUCGCCAACUGAUGCAGGGAACUGGAGACUUGGGUCGCAGUUCCGAGCCGUUUGGGAACACCCGACCCAUUCCGGGCGAGAGCAAGGCUGUUCGCAAGGCGCGCGUUGAGAGCGCCGUCGGAGCUGCGGUGUUGGCGCGCGUCGAUGCCUACGAGUGGAGUCUGGAGGAAGCGUUGCGCGUCAAGCCCGACGGCUUGUUUCUUGGCGUGGAGAGAUGGACGCGCGAUAAGCCGGUUGGCGGACACACGCUCGUGUGUACCCACCCGAACGGAACGCAGAAGGAGCACUGGCAUCCGACCUUGCGCCGGAUCUUGGCUUCGGACGCGCCGGCCAGGGCUUUCGGGACUGCUGAGCCUCUCCCAGCCGGGCCCGUGCUUAUCGACGAUAUAUGGCUCAUCGAUCAUUACAACCACGGCGUGAGCGUGGACCUGAAUGAUGGGCACAUGGGCUGUGCGGAUAUUUGGGAUGACGUGGGCCGCGACGUCCUCAACUUUAUCGUACACGUCCUCCCGUCAGCCAAGCAGUCGGCGCCAAAGGAUCUGCCAUGGCAGCUCCUCUGGCGGCCCGAAGGCUUGGCGCCAGCGGUGAAAGUUAUGGGCAUGGGCGGUUCUUAUGGUGGAACGGGGCAUGUGAUGGCGGCCCACUCCAGACCGGACGUAUACCACGGCGUCUUCCUGGCAGACACGUUGAUUCAGCCUCGCGCGCUUAAUCGGUCCGCAGUCCUCCCGACCGAGGAGCAAGACGUGGGAACGAACCUCGCCCGUGCGGCGAUGAAGCGGCGGGACGCGUGGCCGUCCCGCGUCGAGGCCGGCCGCACGUGGCGCAAGAACCCUUUCUAUGCGACGUGGCAUCCCGAAGUGUUCGAACUCACCCUCUCACACGGACUCGUUAGGGCCAACCCCUACGGCGUCGAGGAGGGCGACCCCAACGUCGACGAUGCGCCGGUCGUCCUCGCUACACCAACAUGGGCUGAGGCGAGUGUCUUCGUCGAGCCAAUGAGUUCCGGACGCGCUUGGGAUAUGCUCCCUAAUCUCAAGGUGCCGGUUGCGUUCUUGGUCGCUGAAAAUCGCUUCCCAGUUGACUUGAAUCGCGAGGUGGUGUGGCGCGCCCCGUUGGCCCGGAAUGAGAAACUGGUCGGUAUAGGCCAUAUGUGCUUGCAGGAGAACCCGCAGGCCGUGUCCGAGGCGGCAGUUCGGUUCCUCCAGACCCUCGCAGCUGGCAAGUGGGGAAGUAAAGAUGAGAUCCGGGCCGAAUAUGAUGCGCUCGCGGCCAAGUUGUAG